GUAAUGUAUGUCAUAUUAUUAUUAUAUUAUGUUAUGAUAUUAUCCUAGUAUUAGCGAACUUAUGUCAGUGAAAAUAAAGGCUGUACGUUAUAUGCGCGCGUCGCGAAUCGUCAUUGGGUCGGAGGGUGGAGUCUCGCGCCGCCCUGUGCCGCGGCGGCAGUCCGCUCCAGGCCGGCGUGCGCCCCGCACGGCCCUAUGGUGGAACGAGCGCAUGUCGACUGCUCCCAGGCGAGCGCCAUGCAGACCUUGCCCCCGCAGCCGCACCGCGAGGCCGACGAAGACCAGCUUGCCGACGAAUACGUGCAGAACUUUGAACUCGAUCAUCUUGAGGACCACCAUGUUGUAAAGCGUGAACCCCUGCGAACAGGUUGGCAAGAAAUGGUAGAGCCACCUCCGGCCUGUGCCCGCGCGUGUCGUCCGUGGCCUGACGCGGGACCUUAUCCCCAGCCUCACGUAGCCAUCGCUGUCGACCCCAGCACACCUCCGGAAACCCCGCCAGCUCUCGUGCACCGGAGCCCGUGUCGCGCGGCUCUCGUCGAAGACGUCCUCUGGUUGCCACACUCGCGGGAACCCCUCGACAUGCGUACCGUACCUUGCGGUAGUUUUGAAGAAUGGGAUCGCCGUGAUUGGCGGGAGCAGGAUCACCACAUGCAACAGGUCGCGCUGCGCCCAGCCAGCUCCUGCUCAGCAAUGUCCCCUCGUACUGGACCGCACCCGUCGUAUCAACCAUCCUCGUGUGGAGACGAUCUCAUAAGCGAUGAUCUACUCAUGACGUUAAGCGUACGAGAAUUAAAUAAGCGCCUGCAUGGAUUUCCCCGAGAAGACGUGACACGACUCAAGCAAAAGAGGCGCACUCUGAAAAACCGCGGCUACGCGCAAAACUGUCGCAGUAAAAGGCUACAGCAGCGUCAGGAACUCGAGCUGACGAACCGGUCCCUGCAGGACGAGCUGCACGUCCUGCAGCUGCAGGUGGCGCGCGUGACGCACGAGCGCGACGUGCUGAAGCAGCGGCUGGCGCUGGUGGGGCGCGAGCACGCCGUGCCGCAGCACGCGCCGCCCACGCCGCACUCCUCCCCCGAGUUCUUCUCGGAGCUGUGACGGCAGGGCGCGGCGCCGCGGCCCGGCGCCUCCGCCGCCGCCUCGUCCUGCGCCUGGCAGCGCUACUGAGCGCCGCCCGGCCCGGUGCCGCUCACCGCGACCUAACUCGUGCUUUUGUUAAGUUUGAAAUGUAAUUAUCAUCAGUUCCAGUUUUAUAGUUUCUUUUUAUUAAGGUGGAACAAUGUAGCCGUCGAUCCCGUCGGGAGCGGCUUUCAAACACCGUGUUAAAUAUAUGGUUGUGUCGUAAGAUAUGCAUAGCUUCGUUAAACUAUAUGUAUUAUUAAAAUUAAAAUUUAAACAUAAGUUAAAAUGAGUGAAGACAACUGAUUACUAAAAUAAUUGUAAAUAGAUACAUAAAUAAUGAAUAUUAUCUUAUAGGAGGAUUUGUGUUUUCCUAAUAAAAUAUUUCAGAAAAUAUUCUUUUAUUUAUCUAUUCACACAAUUAUGAUAAGAAACUAUUAUGAAACAAAAUAUUAAAUCCAGUGAAAGGAGCAUAAAAUGUUGGUGCUUUCUCUAUCAUGUAUUAUAUUUAAUAUAAAUAAUAAUGAAACGACUGUAUACACUCUGAUAGUGAGUAUUUUGCUAUAAACAACUAAAUUCUUCGAGAAACAAACUCUGUCUAAAGUGACUCGAGCUGUACAUAUGUAUAUUCAGCAUAAGGGUUUUGCUAUAAUUGGCAACUGUACAUUUCUAUCUGUAGCAUGGAUUUAAAAUUUUAAAGUUCUCGACUAACAGAACCAACUCUCAUUUGUAUAUCUUCCAUAGUAAAAAAUUAAUGAAUCAUUAGAACAUUUAAACGUAACAAUUCGGAUUUUAAAAGGAGUUUUGAAUCAAAGAAGUAUUUAACAAAUACGAUUCGUUCUAACAUUUUAAUAACUUUCUCAAUGAUAGAACUUAAGACAAGUUUUUAAUUCAACGAAUCCUUGUUUGGAGUAGACAGGAAUGAGGCUAAGUAAAUGAAUAUACGAUAUUA